GAGGGCGCGUUCCUACCCCCCGCUCCGGGCCGCGGCCGGGGCUCGGGGCUGAGAGCGGCCUUGGGGCCGCCUCCCCGGGCCCCUUGGCUCCGCCAUGUUCCGCAGGGCACGCCUUAGCGUGAAGCCGAAUGUCAGGCCUGGUAUAGGCGCCAGGGGCUCCACCGUCCCCAAUCCCCAGCGAGGACAGGACUCUCCCAGGCCGCCCGAGCCUGCCUUGGACCUUGCUCCGAAGCCAGCGGAGCCCACAGAUGUGCCUGCCGUGGAUUUCGGGGGACCGGAGCGCCAAGAAAAGGCUCCUAGGAGCAGUGAUGAAAAGACUCGUGAUGAGAAUGAUGUUGAAAAAUCCAGUAAACCUUCCUCUACUGUUUCACAGAGAAGAAAGCGAAUAUCAAGUACUUCUAGUCUAGUUAAACCUACUGUCAGUGUUCCUUCAGAAUCUCAUCCCUUAUCUACAGUUAAUCAAGAAACUCCACAACCAAACCCAGUUCCAUCAAAAGAGAAACAACCAUGCUCAGACAGAUACCGAAUAUAUAAAGCCCAGAAACUGAGGGAAAUGUUAAAAGAAGAAUUGAGAAAAGAGAAGGUUUUUGCUGUAGGGGUACAUGUGCUCACCAGUGAGAGACAGAGAGGGAAGAAACAAUGGAAAAACAAAUAUGCUCUAAAUGAAAGCCAUAGGCCACCUGAUCGUUCAAAAAUGACUAUGAGAGACUUCAUAUAUUACCUGCCAGAUAAUAAUCCAAUGACUUCUUCACUAGAACAAGAAAAGAAAACUGAAAAAUCAUCGACUACAGUCCAGACAAGAGAGCAAGUAGAUAAGAGUACUCCUGAUGGUGAAGGGAAUGAGGACAUGGAAGAAGAGAUGGAUGAUGGGCCACUGCUGGUUCCUCGAGUGAAAGUGGCAGAAGAUGGUUCUAUUAUUUUAGAUGAAGAAAGCUUAACUGUAGAAGUUUUAAGAACAAAAGGCCCCUGUGUUAUUGAGGAAAAUGACCCCAUAUUUGAGCGUGGUUCUACAACUACAUAUUCCAGUUUUAGGAAAAACUAUUACUCUAAACCAUGGUCAAAUAAAGAAACAGAUAUGUUUUUUUUAGCCAUCAGCAUGGUAGGAACUGACUUUUCUAUGAUUGGACAGCUUUUUCCUCACAGAGCAAGGAUAGAAAUUAAGAAUAAAUUUAAACGAGAAGAGAAAACAAAUGGAUGGAGAAUAGACAAAGCAUUCCAAGAAAAGCGCCCUUUUGACUUCGAUUUUUUUGCUCAUUUGCUUCAGAAAGUUCUUGCUGAAGAACAGAAAAGAAAACAAAAAUCUGUUAAAAAUAACAGUUUAAAGGAGAAGAAAUCCUCUAAACCACGGAAAAAUGGAAAAGCAAAAAAAGUUGCCAGUGAAGGAACAAAUGAUGAUCCGGAUGAGUCUAUGAGUACUAAAAUUUCAGACACAGAAAGAUCUCAAAACGUUGCUCAGACAGUUGAAGAGUCUCUGACUUUAUUAGGACAUGAUUUGGAGGAGGUUGCUUUAGAACAAGACCUAAAUCAAAAGAAUAGAAAAAAGAAGGAUCAAGAUGAAGUUAAUGAACGGGAAGUAGAAAGUCUUUCGGAAAAUGCCUCUGUUCAGCCAGGCCCUUCUAAAGGAGAAAAACACAAGAGUAAAUGUCAGUCUUUAAGGCCUGAGGUAAAUGAAGAUGAAUGCAAUAAGGAACAAAGGCUUUCUUGUGUAUGUGGCACAGAUGACAUGGAAUUAGCGUCCAGUGAAAAAGCUGAGGAAAGAACUGACUCUGUCCUUCCUUCAAGCAAUCAACAAGUUGAUUCAUUAGUGGCAACUGAAUCUUCAGAAUCAAGCAUUUCACAGUUGCCUUCAUCAGAUAUUGGAAUCAGAGCAUCGUGUGAGGUGAAUAAUUCUGAAAGUGCAGAAGAAAGAAAUGUCGACGCAAACAAUAAAUCACUGGAAACUGAUCAAACAGAAAAUAUUAAGCCGAUAUCAAGAGGUCGACGCCAGAGACCUAAACCCAAUUUAACAAGGGCAGUUGGAAAGAAAUCAGUUCCUUCAGAAGGCAAAACAGAUACUGAGAGCAACAGUUCACAUUCAGAAACUUCAGUUGAAACGACUCAUGGGGAAAAAGAUAAAGUGAAUAUAUCUGAAAAUAUUGAAAUGGUGAAUACAGAGAGAGAGAACCCAGAAACUGAAACUGUAUCUAGUUUGAGUGAAAAUAUUUGUCUGCAAGAAGAUAAUCAACCAAAGGUUUUCAGACCUGCACGACUGACGAGGGCCCAAUUGCAAAGGGCAAAGCCAAAUGUAGGUAAAGCUACCGAAAGAAAAGGAACUCUUGGAUCACAGGAAACAAUGGAGGCCAGUGUAGGAAAGGGUGAAAAAGAAUCAUGUGAUGGUAGAGAUGUGAUUCUUCAACAAUUAGAAGAUCAGUCUUGUAAAAUUUUUGAGCAUGAAGACAUCACAUCACAGGCUGAGAAAAAAGACCCUUCUUUUCAUAACGUGCAGUCAUAUGAGCCCAAGGCUCUUGAUGAAUGCCCAAGUAUUCAAGAGGAUAAUAAAACAAAUACAGUUAAACAAGUCCCAAUUCCAAGGACUCGAUUUCAGAAACCAAAGCCAAAUAUCAGAAGAAAAACUGGAAGGAGAGACAUUUCCUCAAAGGAAGAGGUUCCAGAGGAGACUAUUGUCACUGGGGAAAUGGCAACAGAGUUGAGAGACGUUGUAAGCCUAGACAUCUCACCAAGGGAGAAGGUACCAAUAGAAACUACCAAAACUACUGAAAAGGAGUCAGAUUUAAAAGAAUGUGAAAGAAGAGACAUUUCUCUGAGGGAGGAUAUACCAGAACUGAUUAACAUCUCUGUGGAAAUGGAGGCAGGUUUGAAAGAAACUGAGAGAGAGAUUUCUCCAAGAGAGAAAAUACCAAAAGUGAUUGAUGCCACUGAGGAAAUACACACAGAUUUAGAAGAAAUUGCAAGAAGAGAAACAGCCUCACGGGAAAAUGCCCUAGAAGAGGUUAAGCCUGUAGGUGAAAUGGAGACAGAUUUGAGAGAAACUCGAAGGGAGAUUUCUCCAAGUGAAGGAAUACUAAAGGUAUUUGAUACCAGUGAGGAAAUACACACAGAUUUGGAAGAAGCUAGAAGACGAGAAAUAUUCCCACAGGAAAAUAUCCCAGAGGAGGAUAGGUCUAUACGUGAAAUAGAGAAAGAUUUGAAAGAACCUGAAAAAGAAAUUUCCCCAAGAGAGGGGGUAUCAGAGGUGAUUGAUGAUGCUGAGGAAAUAGACAUAGGUUUGGAAAAAACUGGAAAAAGAGAAAUAUCCCUCCAGGAUAGUACUCCAGAGGAGACUACACCUAUAGGUGAAAUGGAGACAGCUUUGAAAGAAAAUGAAAGAGAAAUUUCUCCAAGGGAAGAUAUACUAGAGUUGAAGGAUGUCACUGAGGAAAUAGACACAGAUUUGGAAGAAGCUGGAAGAAGAGAAAUAGCUCCACAGGAAAAUGUCUUAGAGGAAUCUAGGCCUGUAAGUCAAAUAGAGACAGUUUUGGAAGAAACUAAAAGAAAGAUUUCUCCAAGGGAGGAGAUACCAGAGGUGAUUGAUGUCACUGAGGAAAUAGACACCAACUUGGAAGAAACUGGAAAAAGAGAAAUAUCCUCCCAGGAUAGUAUCCCAGGGGAGGCUAGACCUAUAGGUGAAAUGGAGACAGGUUUGAAAGAAACUGAAGGAGAAAUUUCUCCAAGAGAGGAUACACCAGAGAUGAUGGAUGUCACUGAGAAAGUAGAUACAGAUUUGGAAAAAACUGGAAGAGAAAUAGCUCCACAGGAAAAUGUCUCAGAGGAGCCUUGGCCUAUAAGUGAAAUAGAGACAGUUUUGAAAGAAACUAAAAGAAUGAUUUCUCCAAGGAAGGAGAUAUCAGAGGUGAUUGAUGUCACUGAGGAAAUAGACACCGAUUCAGAAGAAACUGGAAAAAGAGAAAUACCUGCACAGGAAAAUACCCCAGAGGAGGCUAGGCCUAUAAGUGAAAUGGAGACAGAUUUGAAAACUGAAAAAGAGAUUUUUUCAAGGGAUAAAAUAACAGAGAUGGUUGAUGUCACAGAAGAAAAAGAGAGAGAUUUGGAAAACAAUGGAAGAGGACAUAUCUCCCCACUGGAAAAUGCCCCAAAAGAGGCAAGGCCUAUAGAUGAAAUGGGGAGAGAUUGGAAAGAAACUGGAGUAGAAAUUUCCUUAAGGGAAGAGAUAUUAGAGGUGAUGGAUAUCACUGAAGAAAUAGAUGAAAUAGACAAAGAUUUGAAAGAAACUGGAAGAACAGAAAUAGCCCCAGAGGAAAAUGUCUCAGAAGAGGUCAAGCAUAUGGGUGAAAUGGAGACAGGUUUGAAAGAAAAUGAAAGAGUUAAGAUACGAGAAGUGAUAGAUGCCACUAAGGAAAAAGAGACAGAUUUGGAUGAAACUGAAAGAAGACAAAUAUUUUCUCCAGUUAAGGUCCCAGAGGAGGUCAAUACUAUAGAUAAAAUGGAAACAGAUUUGAAAGCAGUUGGAGUAGAAAUUUCCCAAAGGGAAAAAGUGCCAGUGGAGGUCAGUGCCAUAGAUGAAAGGGAGAUUGACUUGAAAGAAACUGGAAAAAGGGACAUUUCCCUGGUAGAAAAGGUAUCAGGAAUGAUGACUGCCAUUGAAGAAACAGAGGUAGAUUUGAAAAAAACUGGAAGACAGAUUUCUUUGAGGGAGAGUAGUUCUGAAGAGAUUACUGUUACUGAGAAAAUGGUGGCAAAUUUGGAACAAAGUGCUAAAGGAGACCUUUCUCCAAGGGAAAAUGAACCAGAGGAAACUGAUACUGCAAGACAGACUGAGACAAAUCCAAUUCAGAGCAGUAAUGAUGACUGCAAUGCUAUGCCUUCACUAGAUAUAAAAAACAUUACCAGUGAAGUCCUGUUGCCUAUGCAUGCAUCUGUAGAAGAUAAAAGCAAUUCUGAAAAGGAAGUAUCAAGUCACUUAAGUCAUUUGAAGACUUCACAGACUUCUGAACUUGGUAAAACAGUAGAAGAGAAGAUGAGACCUCCAGAUGUUCCAGAACAGUUUUCAGACAUUAAUUUAAGCAAAUCUCUUCCUCAAGAACAGAAACCACUUGAAGUUAAACCAGCACCUUUUGUGAGAAGUCGAUUCAAAAGACCAAAACCAAAUCUAACGAGAGCAGUUCUAAAGAGAGAGACUACUGAAGCCAAAAAAUAUGUACCUGGGAAGGAAUCAGAAACUGAUAAAGUGGAGACUGUUGUGAUACAAGAGAAUCGUGAACAGGCUGGUACUCUGCCUUCUCAGCAUGAUGUGGCUUCCCUCAUGACAUCAAGAGAAAAAGAUAAAUUGGGUUACGAGAAGGAAGAGGCUGAAUCGCCAUGUGUACAGACCGUAGAGGACCUUUCACCUUCAAAUACUUGUGAUUCUGAAGAGGUGUCUCAGUCUACACAAGCCCAGGGAAAUGACUUAGUUGUUUCUACUGGGACUCCUACUAGGAACACAUUCCAAGAAGAAGUGAAGGACAGUGUUAUCCAACCUUCUCAACCAGUAAGGGGCCGCCUUCAGAGACCUUGGCCAAAUGUAAGAAAGUCUGGACAGAGGCAAGUGGUAGAAAAAGUUGAAGCCAAAGGCGUAAUUAUGGAAGAAAGAAUGAGUCUACAAAAAGAUGAAACUAAAUGUGAAAAUAAACCAAAUACUCCUAGUCCAGCACAAUUGAUAAGAAGAAAAUUCCAGAAGCCUAAGCCAAAUUUGGGAAGAGCACAUUGUAAGAAAAAUGAACCAGGUAUAGGAAAAAGCACAACAGAUCAAAAUGAGGCAAGCAAGCCAGAAGAUAAUUUGCUACAGCAAGGACAUUCUGACACUCAACUGCUUUUAAAAGAAAAGUCUGAGCUUCGAACUUCUGUGGAGAUUUCAGCAAGAAAAGAUUGUAUAGGUUCAAGAGAGUCUGUCUUGGCCAAAAAAGAUGCUCCAUUAGAAGUUGUGUCAUCGGGCAGUGUUAGCGAUGAACCUGUAAGAGAUCAGUCUGUUUCUUCAGUGGUUGAAGAACAGCAUCUCAGUAAACCAACAAGCUGUCCACAGCUGUUAAAAGAACCACAGUCCUCUAAAAUUGCUCUGGAUCGAAGAACAACUAUGUCUUCUGCCUCUGAAUAUGAGACAGGUCGUGCUGAAAGGAGAGUGCGUAGAAAGAUCAAACCAAAUGUCACCAGAGGUCGUGGGUCAAAACGAAUUCGGAGUAAGACCAGUAAGAAAGAAUCUAAAGCAUCCAAGCCCGUGCUGGUGACUCUUCGGGCUUCCCAGGAAGAAGAUGAAGACGAUACUGAAGAUUUUGAGUCAGACUAUGAAGAAAGCUAUCAUCUUGCCCCAGAAGAAGUAAACAAAGCCCCAGUAUUUGUUCCUGUUGGUCUCAGAUCCCCUGAACCUGUUUCUGCCCAGAUUGAGGAAACAAUGGAAGAGCUUGAAAUAACUGUGAAUGUCCCAGAUGUAGAAUGCAUAGCUAUUGAUGAAUAUCAGCUUUCAAACACAGAUGUGACUACUCAGGAAAUGAAACAAGAAGAAAAUUUGAAUGCAUCAUUUGGAGUGACCACAGGUGAACAUAUCCAAGAUGAACCAGGCACCAAUGAUGGAAGCACUGAAGCUGCCAUAACUUUAAUUACAAUGGGAGACCUAGUAUUGCAGUCUGAGAUCAGCGCUGAACGGGGUGAUGUAGGAGUGUGUGUUCUUCCUGAUGUUCAUUCAGAGGAUAAAAGCCAUAUUCAUUUUAACACAGACAGUGUUAAUCUAAGAAUUAUUCAUGAACAUCAGGAGCUUUCUUCACCUGUCAUCAGUACAUGUCCUGCAUCAUUGGAAGAAAACAAGAUUGUAGUGGAGGAACAAAGUACUGGCGAAGAGAUUGGUUUAAAGGAGAAAGAGGACCCUACACCAACCAGGAGUACAACUUCUAAAGUGUCCACUAAUUUGAGAAUGAGAAAUAGAUUUGCCAAGCCUAAACCAAAUCUUGAGAAGAUUUUAAGGACUAGUAGGUUUCGUGCUCAUCAGGAAGUUUCCAGGUUUUCUGUAACAAAAGGGGAAGAAAUGGACACUCAAAAAGAAACUAAGGAAACUGUUUCCAAAGCAUCAGAAUUGGAAGGUGAAUACCUUGAGUCAGUUACAACAGCAGAGAGUAAGGAGCAAAGCAAACUGGCAUGUGUACAUGGCACUGAAGAGACCAGUGUUUGUCAAGAAGCAAACCUUACAGAGAGAAAUGAAGAUCAAGAAGAGAGAUCUCAAGAGGUUCCAAUUUUGUCGGUCAUUCCCACUGUUUCCUCUGAGACAGGGCCCCAUACCCUUGGUUUGGAUAGAGGUCUCAGGGAGAAUUCUGCUGAGGAGUUCCUGAACAAGGACUCUAAAGAAGACAGUGUGCUUACCCUUCAUGUGCCAGAGUAUACACCAACUAGUAUUCCAGAAGUCCAACAAGAGAAUGUAAUCAGUCCUCAAGACCUAACAGUGAACCUAGUAGCUGAAGAACAUCAAGAUGGAGAGGACGAACAAACAUUCAUUCUUACUCUGGUGGAAAUCCCAGUCAGUGCAAUAGAAAAUUUUACUGAUCCCUCUGCACAGUUACUGCCAAACUCUUUAUUGCCAGCACCCAUAUUGGUCAAAUCAGUGAAUACCCAAGAACGAGGUGACAUGAGUAUGAAUUUACCAGUAACUUCAGUUGGUCAAGAUACCAAUUCUGGAAGAGAUGAUUCUGAAAAGCCUCCUGCUAAUUUGGAUCUUAUAUCUAGAAAGAGAUUUCAUUGUGGCCAUGAUGAAAGUGACGAUGUUAUACCUGCCAAAAAAAGUCCACUUGCUUCAAGAGAUGAUUGUCAGGAAUACACUUCUGAGGUAUGUUCAAAGGAAUUAUUAAACGUUUUUGAGGAAACAGAGGAAUCUUAUAAAGGACAAGGUAUUUUUCCUACCUCAGGAAGUAUGCAUAAAACUCCAGAACCUCAAAAAGAGCAAUUUGAACCAACUUUUCAGAGUAUUGAACCUAGACAUCUGGAUAAAGUAAUAGACACACAUAUGGAAAAGAACACACCUCAGUUACCUCAGGAUGCGAUGACUAUGUCUGAUAAGGAAGAGAAAACUGGUGCUGCCAAUAAGACUGAGCAAAUGGGUUGUGGAGCAUCAUCUUCAAAAACCCCACUGUCCAGACCUGGCAGAAGACCUCUGGGAUUUUUGUCUUUAAUAUGUUCAAAGAAUAGUUUGGAGUCUGAUGAACCUACUCACGUCCACAGUAGGAAGCGCCUAAAACCUCUUAUACCUGUACUAAGAAAGAAUUUGAAAAGAUCUAAGCCGCUCAGUGAAAGCCAGGAAAAAAAUCAAAAUCAAGGGUCCUCUGAUCUGCUUCCGUCUUCAAGUGUUGUUAUUAAUACUCAACCUGAGAAUCCUCAAAGUUCAACAGCUCAGGUUUCUAGUGAUCAGCCUUUACUGAAAGAAAGAUCUAAAAGUGGCCAAAAACGGGCACCUGAAGAGGAGCCAACCUCAGUCUCUGAAUAUUUCUUCAGUGAUAUCUUCAUUGAAGUGGAUGAAACAUAAUAAAACAAUCUUUUUUUACUGUUUUUUUAAUUCUGGGAUUUCCAGAGUCAAUUAUAUCAACAAAGCAGUAUUUAUGUAUAUUUUUUUAAAAAAAUCAGUAGUUAUCUUUAGGUCGAUUUUGAAUAUUUAAUGAGCUUGAUUUGAAGUUUUGUUGUGUUUUUGUUUUUGUUUUAGAGACAGGGUCUCGCUAUGUGCCCAGGCUUGUCUCGAACUCGCAGUCCUCCUGCCUCAACUUCCUGAGUCACUGGGACUACAGCUAUGUGCCAUCACACCCAGCUGAUUUGAAGCUUUUGUAAUCAGUGGAAAACAUUUACUGAGAUUCCUUUCAUCUGAUUGAUUCAGCAUUUUGGAACUACCAAGCAAUUAAGACUGCUUUCUCUGACAGAAAUAGCAACUCUUGUUUACAUUUUGACUCUUCCUAGGGUGAGCACACAUGGACAUUUGAGAAUGUUGUAGAUAAAUGUUUCUGUAUAAAUCACAGUGCGGAUGUUUUUGGGGGUUGAUUGUAUUUAAUAUUUAGUGAACUUCUUUUGUGAAGUUUUUUUGUUUUGUUUUGUUUUGUUUUGUUUUGUUUUGUUUUGUUUCUUGAUAGGAGGCGGGGUGAUGAAGGCCUUUUCAGUUGCCUCUAAGUAGGCAAAAGCAAAUUGUCUAACUCCACUUUAGUAUGGUAAAUGUUAUAAACUUUUCUAUUAUCAGCUCUUUGGCUGACUGAAAAUAUGUAUUUUUCUAAUUCAUGGUGAUAUAACAUUAGUCCUAAUUGAAGAAUUAGUAUUUAAACUUAUUAUUUAUAAAAAGGACACAUCAAAGAGCUUAUUUAUUUUUAAAUUUUUUUAUUUAAAAGGAUAUUCAGUUUUAAUUAUUUUCACUCCUCAGAUUGUGGGUAAAGAAGGCAUUAACAAACUUAUGUUUGUCUCCUUUUCCUCUUUAAUUUUAAAUAUGUUUAAAAUGAUAUAACUAAAAGUGUUUGAGUAGUGUAUAUGUUUUGAAUACUUUUUUCCUCAUAGUUUAGUAUAUUGACUUACUAUGAAUUUAAAAACAUUUUUUUUUGAUAACCUCAGGAUUUUCAUGGAGGGAAAACUCAACUUCACUUAUGAUACAAAAUUCCAAAUAAAACUCAAUCUUGGGACCAGCAAGUGGCGUAAUGGUUAUAUUGCUGGACUCCCACAUAGCCAACCACGGUUCGAGUGCUGACCCGGAGUCUUAAACUCAUGCUGGG